AUGGUAAAAUACAAGCACACACAUUGCCCUUGCAACAACUGGUCCUACAAUGAGGAUCUCCUCGAUGUUGACUCGAUCGCCACUGCAGUUGUGACACCACAGACGUCGGAUCACGACUUUAAAUCAAACACGACGUCCAACGAAGUUACAAGGCAUGUCACUCGAGUAGCUUCAUUGGCCGUGGAUGAGGAGGAGAUGAAUUUAUAUCGCGCUAGCACUCCACGCCGCACCGGUGGUGAGCUGGAGGGUAAGCCAAAUAGUCGUCCAAUGCUAGCAACUUCUAGCUUGAUGAGCCAUUUAAUUUCUGCGAGUAGAGAAAAAGGGGAAGAGGAAGAAGAAAUCGAUUUAUAUGGCGCUAGUCCUCCACGUCGCACGAAUGUUCGGCUAGAGUCUGAGGGAGAUAGUCGUCAAGCAUCAGCAACUUCUGAGAAUAAAGGAGUGAAAAAGGAAGAGGGAGAAUAUUUCUAUGGCGUCAGCCCCCCACAUCGUGCGGGUAGUCGAGUGAAAUCCGAGCCGAGUAGUGAUGAGGCUUCGACGGCUUCUAGCACAUCAUCAAUUCGAGUGGCCCCGCAAUUCACCCCCUCUACUUCGUCAGCCGAUGGCAUGGAAGAUGAUCUCAUAGAUCUAUACAGAGACUGCCCUCCACGCCACGCCGGUGCCACCAUAUCCACAUGCACAUGCACAACCACCCCCACCAUCCCCAAACACGAAAUCUUCCUGCACAAUCUUCCAUCCAAACAAGCUUCCGUGACCGAAGUCCGCGCCUGGAUCACCAGCUGGUUUGUAGGCCGCGAUAUCCUACCGGAGGUUCCGUGGAAGGGGGGUGCGGAUAUCGGUAUUCAACCGUAUAUUGACUGUAUCUGCUGGAGUGGAGAUGACGUGCAUCGUGAUGGAUCUCGCAGUUUGGAGAGCGACUUGAGGGGCUGGUUGUUGGGUGCUUAUGCGAGACAUAUUGUGAGGGAUGUGGAGAGGGCGAGGGAGUUGGAGAGGGAUAGGGAGUGGGAUAGGAGGUGGGAGAUUUUUGUGAUCGUGAAGGACUCGGCAUAUCCAGACAGAAAAUUGGCGAGUGAGAUUAUGCAUAGGCAAUAA